ACGCGGCGCUGUCCAACAUGGCGGCCAAGAAUCUGUAUUUUUAUCAUUGAUAAGAUUUCAACACUUUGAAGCAGAUUGUUUGAAAUGCAAAGAAUUAAAGCCAGAAUUAUCCAGGUGGCAAAGCUGGCAGCUGUUUCUUCUGGGCUGCCAUUUAUAUGUAUUACUGUACAUGCAGCAACAGAAAAGGAAUCAAAAAGUCAGCUGGUGAAGCCAGAUAAGCUCCCCAUUUACAGUGCACCCCCCCUGACGUCCAGGUACAUCGAGGAGCAGCCAGGGCUCCUGCAGCAGCAGCUCACGGCCCUGCGGAGAUCAACCGGCCACUACUUUGGUUGGUGCCAGAGUCUCUAUGUCUUUAUUAAAAAUGGAAUAACGGAUUCAAUUCAGUUUGGAAAAGAUGCUUAUGUUUACCUGAACAACCCCCCCCCAGAUUUUGUUCCCAAAGCCGCUGUAAUUACGGUGUCUGGCCUGGCUGGUGUAGUGCUGGCAAGAAAAGGUUCUAUAUUUAAGAAAAUUGCUUAUCCAUUGGGACUUACUACUGUAGGAUAUUCUGUUUGUUACCCAGCUCAGUCAGUGGUCCUUGCUAAGGUAACAGGGAAGAAGUUACUUUGUGCGAGUCACCAGACCUAUGAGGCUGUGAGGUCACUGUGGGCUGACAAGGAAACUGUCACCAAGCUGCAGCAAGAGUCAAAAGCAAUUAAGCAAGAAGAUAAGAAAAAAAAGGGAAAUUCUAGUACCAAACCUGAGUCUGCUGUUGAGUCAGGAUCAUUUAAAAGAACUGAAUCUCUUCCAGUAGAGUGUCGGAGUAAUGAAGAUCCAGUGCCUUCAUCAGGAACAGUGAAGAAAUCAAAAUUUAAGCCUGAUCCAAAGCUUGUGGACCAUGGUCAGUCCAGCCCAGAAGAUGUGGACAUGUACAGCACCAGGAGCUAAGCCAAGUCUGCUUUACAAAAUGCAAAAUGUUACAGAUAAGGGGGAGGGAAGAAGGGAAGGAAUAAUCUUUACAAUACAUACUCUGUGAGGUAUAAUUUCAUCAGAUAUUUUCUUAUCUCCAAUUUGUAUUAUUGACUUACAUGAUUCUGUUUAGUGCUUAUUUUGUUCCUGACUCCAUAUAAGCAGUGGGAAUUCACUCAGAGUCAUUAGUGAGACACUGAGAAAACAAGAUUUGUCAGUGUCUUCUCCCAGUGGGGCUUCUCUGUGCCAAACUUGCUAAUAAAUGUCACUUCACAAAGGA